AUGAUUACCGUAUUUUACAGUGAAAACCCAAACAUAUCAUUUAUAUUCAAUCUAAAAACUCCUCAAUUAAACUUAACAAGCGAAAAGAGCGGACGAUUUCGUCGCUCCUGUGAUUGUUGGACAACAGGUGGUCGAUGUGUUUCGUAUGGUGCUUAUGAAUGUGUAUUCCCGCGUGGACGUAGAGCAUCAGUUUAUCAAUGUGUCGGUGGUAAUCAAUGGUAUCAUAAGUCGACCUGUUACUCUGGUUGUCAACGAUCGUCAAGUGAUCGAGCUAUUUGCACCUAA